UCUUUAUCUUUACGACUGUAUACUUAGGGCCAGUUGUACAAUGUAGGUUUAAACUGCAGAUUGAAACAAACCAUAAUCUUCAGUUUUAACUUCAGUUAACAUUUGUUGUGUUGUACAAGUUCAUUUACAGUGAAGUUUAAUUUUAACAAAUUUUCUGAACGCCCUAGGUAUGUCUGCAACUUCAUGUAUGUUAAUUUUAGCAUUCAGGUUGGAGGUUAUGUUUAUGAAUGGUGUAUGAAACAGAGUUGUUUCUCUUGCUUGAAAAUGGAAUCUGAAUAUAAGUAUGGAAAAUUUAAAGAACAAGAAGUACAACUGUUAAUGACCUUAGUUAAUAAAUAUAAGGUCAUUAUAGAAAAUAAAAAAACAGACGCAAUUACAUGGAAACAAAAACAAACCACAUGGGAGGAAAUUACUAACGAAUUUAAUGCCAAUAAUGAUGUAUAUAGAAGUUGUAAAAAUAUUAAAGGUAAAUAUGAGAAUCUAAAAAAAAAUGCAAAAAAAAAAUUUGCAACCGAAAAGCGAAAUGUAUAUAAAACGGGUGGAGGUGUCGAUAAACCGGUAUUAAUAACUGAAACAGAUCAAAAAAUAAAAGAAAUUAUUGGAAUUAGUUUAGAAGGGCUAAUUAAUCAGUUUGAUAGUGAUGUAAUCGAAGUAGUUAAUGAUGGUGCUGAUGAGACAGUUGAAUCGAUGAAAUGGUCCGGCUGGACUCCAGACAAACUGAAAACCAUAAAGACUCCAGUUCUUACUGUUGCACAAGAUAAGACAGUACAUUGCACUGUAGUUUCUUCAGAUGAAUUGAAUGAAAUUGAAAGUAUAGCUGAUGAUAAUAACAUGAAUGACACCGAAUUAAGUGAUGUAGUCCCAAUGGCCUCUAAUGAUCAGAGUGACACAGGUAAACCAAGUGUUCCAGUUACAACCACCACUCCGAUUGCAGUAAAACGAAAACGCAUAACAAAUGUCAGAACAGCAAAAAAAGGGAAAAACGAUUUAACAAAUGAUUGUCGAGAGAAGAUUUGCUCUUUCACAUGCUCGAUUAGAAUUAAUUAACCUACAAAUUCAGGCUCAAACUCAACAAAUUAAGUUACAGCAUGAGGAGCACCUUCAGAAGAUAAAACAUAACGAAACUGAACAUCAAUUACGGGCAAAAUACUUGCAAUUACAAAUUAAAAUGUUAAAUAAAGAAAAUCUUUUGAAUAUUUUAAAUACCGAAUAGAAUCUUACAGUAUUAAAAUGAAUGUUAAUUUUUUAUUUAAGUUUUCUUGUACAACAAUUACAAUAAAUGCGAAAAAUAAU